AUGCUUUGUUUGACACUUACUUACAACGACACAAUCAUCAGUUAUUCUAACCUAUUGAAUGGCGACAAUACGGCAAUGAACGCUCAACAGCAGCACCCGAAGAAGAAUAUCAACUCUCUCCCACCAGAGCUUCAUGCGAAUAUUGUGGAAGCCUUGAUAGCGAAUAACUCAUCCGACGUGGCUACCCCAGAGCCUUUGCAAGACGUCUUCAAUCUCUCCCUCGUCAGCAGAUAUUACAAUAAGGUUGCAAACCCUGUGAUCGAAAGAGCGCUUCAAUCUAUUCUUGACUCGAAGAUCCACCCUCCUCCAUGGACCGCCAAAUUCGAAAACCAAAGACAAGCUCGGCUCCAGACGUCACCAUCCUUCGAUACCGAGAACAUCGUCGGAGAGCUUGAUAGAUGGACCUAUGAUCAGUCAAGGCCUCCCUUUCACAUCCCUCAAAGUCUUACAAAUACGGACCUCGAUCUUGUCAAAGACUUCUUCAAAGCCACCUCCCCUAUCUCUUUUUCAUCACAUACCUCUCCUCGCUAUGUUCGCUACCGCCAGAAUUCCGCGCAUGGGCCGUCCGGAAGACCUGCUGCGACUUUACACACUACGACCUCAUCCAAGAGACAAUUCCUCGCCACUUCCAAGAUCCGGAAUGGGCUUGGAUGGGUCAAGGAUGUGGAGGACGAAGUUUCUCUGACUGAUGUUGAUUAUCUCUGGGUUGGAAUCCUGGCUUGUCUUUUGAAAUCUAUGGAUUUUGAGCUUAUUGAUCUUCAGGAGAGGCGUAGGAUAGGCGAGUGUGUGAUAAGGAUUAGUAUUAACGGACGGGAGCGAGAUCGGCGUGAAGGUGGUGAUGCAGCGGAGUAG